GUUGCUUGAUGAAAUUGACAAGCUUGGAACAGGUAUUCAUGGUGAUCCAGGUGCAGCACUCUUGGAGGUUCUUGAUCCAGAACAGAAUUCCACCUUCACAGACACCUACCUAAAUUUGCCCUUUGAUCUUUCUCAGGUACUGUUUGUGGCAACUGCAAACACACUUUCCACAAUUCCAUCUCCACUGAUGGACCGAAUGGAAGUUAUUCAUGUCCCUGGCUAUACUCAGGAUGAGAAGGUCAUGAUAGGUACUUGCAUUUGCUUCCAAAGCAGCUUGAAGAACAUGGAUUAUCACCAGAUAUUCUUCAAAUGCCACAAGAUAUCAUCUCAGUCAUAAUUGGAGAAUACACAAGAGAAGCAGGAGUCAGGGCUCUGGAACGUAAAAUUGGUGCUAUUUGCCGUGCUGUAGCUGUACAGGUUGCAGAAACAAAGUGUGAUGAUACAGGAACCAAGGCAGUUUCAGAUGUUAUAGUAGCAGAGGUAGAUCAGAUGCAUAAAGCUGAAGGAAGUCAAAAGGAGGACAGUACCCUGGAGAAAGAGGAUUCCAGUCAUCCUGUUCCCAGAAGGGCCUCACCUGCACUCCCAAAUUUAGUGCAGCUGAAAGAACAUAUGGAAUUACCAAUAAUUGUGGAUUUAAAGAUGAUUCACGACAUUUUAGGGCCUCCCAUCUUUCAAAGUGGUUUAACUGGUCCGCGUAAGUGUUCCUGGUGUGGCGGUUGGUUUGGCUUGGACACCUGUUGGUGGAGAAGUAAUGGUUGUAGAAGCAACGAGCUCUGCUGGAGACUCCAAUCUCACAUUGACUGGCCAACUAGGUUCAGUCAUGCAGGAGUCUGCAAAAAUUGCCCUUUCUUGGGUUCGACAGCAUGCAGAAUUGCUCCGGAUUGACAAGGACUUUAUGAAAGAUGAAGAAAUUCACAUGCACUUUCCAGCUGGAGCUAUUAGCAAGGAUGGUCCUUCAGCUGGGGUCACAAUCAUUUCAGUCUUAGUUUCUCUUUUGACAAAACGCUGUGUUCGUUCUGAUGUGGCCAUGACUGGAGAAAUCACCCUAAAAGGUGUGGUGUGUUUUAC